CUUGUCUUGUCUUGUCGCUUAGGCACUUGACUUAAUUGAUUUGCAACCGCUUACGUUAGCAGUUCGAGAUGACUUUCACAGCCACCGGUGCUCUCCUGCUCUCUCUCUUUUCGGCACCCAGGUGGUGGACACGGUCACGGUGUCCAUGGGGGACAUCGCCGCAUACCGAUCCGUGUGGGCUGGACAAGCUACUGAGCACGGUCACAGAAUUGCAAGGGAAGGUCAAAACAGCUGUGGAGAAUCCCGCCCUGAAGACCUUCUUAGACGGUUUCACGGAAUACUAUCGGUCUAUGUACCUGCGAGAGUUCCUUGCCGGGGAGGCCAUCAUUCCUUACGGCCCACCAUCGAAUAUCUGGAAGGAAUGCUGGUGGCGCGGUCUCCGCUGACAGACGAUAGGAACGGUCCAACGCGCGCAAUCUGCAGACCCUCAUAGCGUCUGUGUUUUCCGCACCUUUUUCCACCGACGCCCCCGCCAUGGACACGUUUACUCCCGAUCUGUUGCGGAGGUGGCACAGGAUCAUCGGCAGAGGUCUGAUUGCGGAAACGCCGGAGAAUACCGCUCACGAAUGCUGGCGCCCGCGCAGGAGAAUUACGUACAGUCAGG